AUGCUUUCAAUUCGCAGAAGCUUAACGAAAGAUUCGAUUUUGCUGUUGUGUAAUCUCCGAGCUCGAUUUCUAUCUACAGAUUGCUAUGAUCCGCCAUUUUCGCCACUCUCUAAACCCACUAAAGCUCAAAGAGAGGAGAAGAAGAAGAAGAAGAAGAAAACCAAGCCGGAUCAGUCGUCGGAGCCGGUGAAUUAUCCGACGGUGCCGGUGACAUCAGAGCUUCCGUUCGAUUUUAGAUAUUCGUACUCGGAAACCAACCCGGAAGUUGAACUGAUUGGAUUCCGAGAACCGAAACGGUUUUCUCCAUUCGGACCGGGGCGAUUGGACCGGAAAUGGACGGGGACUUGUGCUCCGGCUUCUCCGGAGAGUGACGAGAGACAAUGGGCGGAGGAGAGAGAGGAGGUUCUCGGCGAGCCUUUGACAGUGGAGGAAGUGACUGAGCUUGUUGAACAGUAUCGUCAUAGUGAUUGCUCUCGGCAGAUUAAUCUUGGGAAAGGAGGAGUGACUCACAAUAUGAUAGAUGACAUUCACAACCAUUGGAAGAAAGCAGAGGCAGUGAGGAUUAAAUGCUUGGGAGUACCAACGCUUGACAUGGACAACAUAUGUUUCCACCUUGAGGAGAAAUCCGGUGGAAAGAUUGUAUACAGGCACAUAAACAUCAUUGUUUUGUACCGUGGAAGGAACUAUGAUCCCAAGAACCGACCCAUCAUACCACUCAUGUUGUGGAAGCCUUAUCCACCGAUAUAUCCGAGACUUGUGAAGAACGUAGCUGUUGGGUUAACAUUUGAAGAGACCAAAGAGAUGAGAAACCGCGGGCUUCAUUCUCCUGCCUUGAUGAAACUUACUAGGAAUGGUGUUUAUGUUAACGUCGUGGGGAGAGUGAGGGAAGAAUUUGAAAGAGAAGAGAUUGUGAGACUCGAUUGCACUCAUGUUGGGAUGAGUGAUUGCAAACGAAUCGGUGUGAAGCUUAAGGAUUUGGUUCCAUGUGUUCCCAUAUUGUUCAAAGAUGAGCAGAUCAUACUCUGGAGAGGGAAGAGAGACUGA